AUGAGCAAGAAUUCUGCAGAUAAACUCGAUGUUGCAAUAUCAAUCAAUGAUCCAACAUCCAGUAAUACUCCUACUGAUACACUAAAACAUCGUUAUAUCCAGAUAGUAUUUGCUGUUCUUCUUUAUUGGCUUGUUUCAAUAACCAUGGUUUUUCUGAAUAAGUAUUUAUUAAGUUCAAAAGAUGUUAAACUUGAUGCACCGUUAUUCAUCACAUGGUACCAAUGCGUAGUAACAGUCGCAACUUGCGGUUUACUUGGAAGUUUAAACAAGAGUGUUAAUGUUCUUUCGAAAUUUCCCUCGUUUAAAAUUGAUUUGAAAAUUGCACGUGAUGUCCUUCCGCUUUCAGUUAUGUUUGUUGCAAUGAUGAUAUUUAAUAAUUUAACCUUAAAAUAUCUGAGUGUUUCCUUUUAUAUGGUUGGCCGCUCAUUGACGACGGUCGCCAACGUGGUCUUUACGUAUGUUAUGCUUGGCGAGAGAACUUCUUAUCAAGCAUUGAGUUGCUGUGCUCUUAUUAUUGCUGGAUUUUUCCUUGGCAUCGAUCAAGAACAUUCAUUAGGUACUCUUUCAAUAUUCGGUGCUCUGUGUGGUGUAGCAUCGAGUGUAUUCGUUGCCUUGAAUGCAAUAUAUACAACGCGGUGUUUACCAUGUGUCGACAAAAAUGUUUGGCGCUUGUGUUUAUACAACAAUUUCAAUGCGUGUUUUCUAUUCCUUCCGUUAAUGCUAAUUUUCAACGAGGUGCCGACGAUUUAUAGCUAUCCAAAACUGUUCGAUUUGUCAUUCCUAUUUACAAUGACUGUCGCGGGUCUGUUAGGCUUUUCGAUGGGCUAUGUUACUGGUUACCAAAUACAAAUAACAAGUCCAUUGACACACAAUGUAUCUGGUACAGCGAAAUCGUAUGUUCAAACACUAGUUGCCGUAGUUGCUUAUGCUGAGACGAAAACAUCGCUUUGGUGGUUGUCAAAUAUCUUUGUUCUGGGUGGAUCCGGUUUGUUCGCACACGUUCGUGCAGUAGAAAUGAAACAAAAACAUAGUUCAAAUACUUCAAGUGAUAAUAAUUCUCAUGUGCCUGUCUCAAAGUGA